CUUGUUGAUCCCUUCCGAGGCGUGCAGAUCCUGAGGGUCCACAUCUCCAACGAGGAGGACAUGCACUUCCUGCACACGCUGGAGGUGAGUGAGGACGACUUCCAGGCCCUGAAGGCCGAGCAUUGCAUCCAUGUGGAUUUUUCCAACUUCCCGGGAAAAAUAAUUGACCUGCUGGGCAAGUGCAUCGAGUCUCAGGGUGAAGCCCUCCCAAGGUAUCAGUCCAUUCUGACAAUGUCUGGUGGGGAGUCGAAGCUACAGAUAGUUGAAACAAAUGAUUUCCGCAAAGUUUCUCAUGUCACCCUGAACUUCCGCCCUGGCGAUGAUUUGACCGUCAAGCAGUUUCUGGCCUUCAACUUCUGUGAAUUGAAAGAGAUCUGCGGUAAGCUGGAGAAAGAGCUCAAGGACUCAAAGAGAGAUGGCCAGGUGCUGCAGGGCAGGAUGGGUCAGGCACGGAGCACCCUGGAAGACGCUGGAUACAGCCACAGGCAGCAGACGAUGGAGGCCAGGGCCAACUUGAAAGCUACCCAUGCUGCUGGCCUGGAGGGGAGCUCAUGGGAGAGAUACUUGCCCAGGGACCAUACGGACAGGGAGCGCGGGCAACUAGAUCAACACCUUCGAGAAGAGCUGGAAGCGCUGAGGGCAUGCAAUAAAAGGCUGGAAGCUGAAAAUAGGGAAUUGCUGGCUGUCAAACAAGAUGUCAGUUCCAAGGUGUCAGAGCACUGCAUCCCAGUUGCGCACAGGGAACGCAUCUUGCUGCAAGCGGACCGUGACAAGCUGAGGGACCAGAGCCACCAGCUGAGCAGCGAGAAGCGCAAUCUGGAGCUGAAAAUGUCCGAUGCCAAAGUCUCCACAAGGGGUCUGAAGGAACGGUUAGCCGGACACAUGGAUUCGUUUGCUGAGUACAAGGCACAGAUCGACAGCCUGGAGUCUGCAAAGGUGCAGCUGGAGGUCCGGGUUGAAGAGCUGAAACAGAGCCUAGCGAAGGCUGAGGAGAAGGCAAAGGAACUCGCAAAUGGAAAGAAGGAGUCGGAUGAGAUUAUAGAGAAGUUUAUGAGAGACCUUCACGAAGCGAGGGAGAGGACAAGAAAGAUUUCUGCCCAGCACAUGAGACAGGAGGACAUCAUCGUUCAGCUGCGCAGCCAAGUGCAGGAAGCCACCAGGGAGAAGGAGCAGGCACAGAACGAAUGUGACAAGGCUCUGGGGGAGCUGUCACAGCUCGAGUCUGGCAACAUGGCCCUGAAAGACCAGUUGGAACAGUGCCAGAAGAAGCUGCAAGAAACCAACAACACGCUGUACUGGUUACAGAGUCAGGAUGCGCAGCUGCAGCCGAGCCCCUUCACUCACGCACGUGGCUUCCGUCCAUCAGUCCUGCCACCCUCAAACUCCCAAAUGAGCCCAACUCAGAUGGUGUACCCUGGCCUGCCCGGCCAGUCCCCUCCUGUGCAGCCCCACCCUGGCCAGUCCCCUCGUGGUCAGCCCCACCCUGUUCCGCCCCCUGCCCAACCAAGAAACCCAAAUUUCAUGUCAAGGUACCAGGCACUGAGGGAUUAA